GGUCCACAUGCAAAUCUGUGUUUAUCUAACCUUGCGCGGCUGAGAGGUGGGGCAGAACCUAGAAGGCGAAUUGGGGAAAGCCAGGAGUGAGAUUGCUUUAGACGUCAACGAUGGCACCCGCGGGAGCUUUGGCUUUGCUGAGAUGCUGCAGGAAACCAAGAUGGAAUAUGCCUCUCUGCAUAAAUCAUUGUCUCUCUAAAUCUUUCAAAUCAGAAGCUUUACCACAUAUAGUCAAAGAAGGAUUAACUUGUGCUCCACUUCAGACAUUUACAGAAGAAGAGUUAAUGAUUAAACAAUCAGUAAAAAAAUUUGCUCAAGAACAAGUUGUUCCAUUAGUACAAAAAAUGGAUGCUGAUGCAAAAUUGGAUGAUUCUUUACUCCAAGGACUAUUUCAACAAGGGUUAAUGGGUAUUGAGCUUGAAGCAAAAUAUGGAGGAACAGAAUCUUCUUUCUUUUCUACCAUUCUGGUAGUUGAGGAGUUAGCCAAAGUUGACCCAUCUGUAUCACUUGCGUGCGAACUCCAAAAUACUUUCACUAAUAAAAUGUUUACAACAUAUGGCACAGAAGAACAAAAGAGAACCUAUUUGCCCAGGCUGGCAAAAGACAUGAUGGGCGCUAUCUGCAUUUCUGAACCAGGAGCUGGCAGUGAUGCCUUCUCCAUGAAGACUCGUGCUGAAAAGCAAGGGGAUUAUUACAUCAUCAAUGGAUCAAAGAUGUGGAUUAGCUUUGCAGAACAAGCAGGGGUGUUUUUGGUGAUGGCAAAUGCAAACCUUUCAGCAGGCUAUAAAGGAAUUACAUGUUUCAUAGUAGAUCGUAAUUCAGAUGGCCUACAUGUAGGAAAGAAAGAAGAUAAGCUGGGAAUCAGAGCAGCAUCUACAUGUCCUGUAACAUUUGAAAAUGUGAAGGUUCCUGAAAGCAACGUAAUGGGACAGGUUGGUCAGGGCUAUAAGUAUGCUAUUGGAAUGCUGAAUACAGGAAGAAUUGGCAUAGCUGCACAGAUGCUGGGAUUAGCACAGGGGUGUUUUGAUCAUACUAUCCCAUAUACAAUGGAAAGAACCCAGUUUGGAAAAAGCAUUUUUGAUUUUCAGGGACUGCAACAUCAGAUUGCUCAAGUGGCCAUUCAGAUUGAAGCUGCAAGGUUGCUGACCUACAAUGCAGCCCGAUUUGCAGAAACUGGGAAGCCAUUUAUAAAACAAGCAAGCAUGGCCAAAUAUUACACGGCAGAGGUUGCAGCUCUAACAACAAGUAAAUGUAUUGAAUGGAUGGGUGGAGUUGGUUUCACAAAAGAUUAUCCAGUUGAAAAAUAUUACAGGGACUGCAAGAUUGGUACCAUAUAUGAAGGAACUUCAAAUAUCCAGUUAAACACUAUUGCAAAGUGCAUUGCCCAAGAGUAUUGAAAUUCCAGGAAUUGAGUGACUGUUGCCUACCUGAUUUCUUCUCAGAAAGCUAAAUAUGGUUUCACUUCUUUGUGGGUUGCAGAUUAUUUGUUCAUUGCAAGUUUGAAAACAAGGCACCAAAUUACAGUAAUUUUUAAUUAUUGUGCAAUAUAAAUGGCUGGACUAUUACGAAUCAGUAUAUACCAUAUCAUAAUCAAUAUACCAUAACAACACUUACUUGUUUUCCCAAUCACUGAAAUAAGAGUUUAUGCACUUCCACACUCCCUUUUAAAUGAAGAAACAAACUUGCCUGCUUUUGUAUUAGCCCAGUGGUUCUCAACCUUAAGACCCCCAAGACUUAACUCAAGAUUUAAAUCAUCACAUUUCUUUAAGCCUUCUGGACCACCUAUGAUGACAUUGUGGCCUCUCAGGGGUUCGCGGACCACAGGUUGAGAUCCAGUAUAUCAGCUUAUCAAAUAUCUAGGAGGGUUUUAUAAUUCUGUUUAUCGAAGUGAUAAGCUUGAGCAUAUUCAAUAAUGUUCAAAUACUCUGCAGCACUUUCAUGUUAGCACUGAGAGUAACAAUCAGUCCUUGAAAAGAUUAUCUUAUUAUUUAGACUAAGUAAAUACUCAGUGAUUGGGUAACUGGAGAGAUAAAGCAGAUUUUUUAUCCCUUGCUGUUCAAAUGAGAUACUGUAUGUAUGCGUGCAUGCAUAUAUAUUUGUUAGUAGUGUGGUAGAUUUCCUAACAGGGCAAUCCUAUUAUAGUUUGAGGUCCACAGUGUUGAACAACAAGAUAACUGUCAUUCAGAAGCACCAGUUUUAUUGCAUUCUUCCAGGUUUCUUUAUCCUGCCCAUUAGAACUAAUAUUGUAGGAUUUGGGUGGUUUUUUUUUAGGAGCUUCUGAAUUCUAAAUUUUCUCCAUCAGGGGUUUACUUGAGGACAGAGAAAGUUUUGGCUCAUAUAUAUACAGAGCCUGCCAAGUUCCCAAUUUUAUCCUUUUUCUCCUUUCCCAAUGCCAGAGAUCUUUCUAAGACGGCAGGGAGUAGAGAUCCAGCAAAAGAUCUACUCCAAAUUCAGAACUUUCUCUUAAAUCCCAAAGAGGGAUUCCCAGUCUUUAUUACAGUCCUGCAAUUGCAGCCCUUUUAUCCUUAUACAACACUCUAUGUUCGAGCCUCAGCAUUAAAUAUAAUUGCCAGUAUUCUCAAUUAACAGAACAUUAGUUUCUGCAACGUUCUAUUACAUUUGACAUCUGAAAUAUUGCAAUGGGUUGUGGAAUAAUGUAUUAGAAGGCAUAACUGAUAUAUGUAAGGACAAGAGAUUUGUGUUUUACAUUGAACAAUGUGUGGAAAUGUUGGCUUCAUGAAGGUGUAGAUAAGAAAAAAUACAAGUUCCAUUUAAAUCAGUGGUGGUGUUUUAGCUAUCAUCACAAUCUUUGCCUUUAUUGGAUUAUAGAAUGUAUUCUACCUCAUUGGGAGGAAUUAUGUCAACAGAUGAAAGUGCCUACUUUAUUUAGUGCCACAUUUGAAAUAUAGAUGUGUCUUACAUAUGUAAAUCACCUGUGUAUGAUAUACGCCCUUACUAGUAAGUAAGACGGAUCACUUGAAAAGGGGAUUAUUCAUCGCAUUUGCACAGAGGAGUAAAGAAGACAAAAAGAACACGAGAAAACUAGCAACAUUGGGGAAUAUUCUGACAUUGUAAACUGCCCAAUUUAAAGUUGUAAAACACUAUGGGGCAGUAUAUAAGUCUUAAGUGCUAUUGCUACAUUCGUGCAUACUUACUGGCCUAAGCCUCUUAGGGAAGGGCAUGAAAAUGAGAUAUGAUUUGCACAGGGAGUAUAACAUAAUCUCUUGUAAAUGACACUUGUGAAAGUUGCUUAGCUUCUGCUGACAUUUUAUAUGCCUAGCUACUAGGAAGAAGUGGUAUGCUAUGAUCAGACAGCAUAAUAAUCAUGUAUUUUGAGAUGGUAGGGGAGAGAGACUGCUGAGGAUAAGAACGCAAAGGCUCCAGAAUAUUAGCCCAUUGGUUUUAUCUUUUAAAUGUUAAUAACCAGCUGAAGCACUUUGUCUCAUUUUUAAACUGUCUUUGGGGAUGAGUAACAGCCUACUCUUGACUGGCAAAGGUAUAUGUAUACAUGCACCCAUAGUGUGUUCUACUUUUUCUCUAAAUCUUUAAUGCUGCAUGAAAAGGCUUUGCUUGUCUCCCCUUUUACUUCUCAAGUAGCUCUGAGCCUAACUAACAGAAGUAUAAAUGCAAAUUAAACUGGUACACCAGAUAGCCAAUUUGGGGAGAAUUACAUCUUUUUAAGAAGUUCAUUUCUGUUGUUAUUUGUAAAAGACAAAUAAUAUUUUCCAAGUGGAAAAUACGGUCAGCGGAUGGAUCGUAUUUUCAAAAGCAAUUUUUCCUUUUCUGUUGUAGGAAUCUGUGUCCUCUCACUCAAUAUUUUGGAAGUUUUAACAACUCUAAACUAUGUGAGGAAGUAGUUGAAGGUGGUUGGCAAUUGAGAGAAAAUUAGCAAAAUAUCUUGCUGUACCCAUUUGUAUUGCUGACAGCAAUCUCUUCUAGACCUAGACAGCUAACUCUAAAUUCAGCAUACUAAAUUUUUAUCGGCUAUCUGGCGUACCAGUUGAAAUGGGUUUGUAUCAAGCAUUCCUUGCUUAGAUAAAUGUUAUCCUGUUUAGUUUGGGCUGCAGGCAAUGAACUGUAUUCAUUAAAAUAAAGAUGCUGAUUUUUUUCCCAACUUAAAAAUAACAUUUUGUAAACAGAACAUCUAAUACAGGCAUAUGUUUGUAUUGCUUGUAUGUUUGUAUUGGUGAUGGAAACUUGAUUCUUGGAAAUGUAUUUUGUAAUUUUCAUACAAUGAUUAUAAGCUUCAUCUUCAAAAUGAUUCUGUGAAUCUGAAAAGCUAAUUAAAUGCAAAGAUUAAGCAAAAGAGUAAUGAAAUUAUAUAGGGUAUGUGGUCUCUCUCACCUACACAAGGAUCACAAAGAGCGCAAUGUGUUUGACUUCCAUGCUUCUUUAUCUUCUUCCCAUAGCAUAAUCCUCAUUUGCCUCUUGCCAGUUAUAGAUUAAAAAAAUCAAAUACAUGUCAAAUGUCAUAUAUAGCUUACUGUAUCCUGAAAUAGCAGAAACAUAACUAGCCAUAGAGAAGGUGACAUUGGACAUAACAUCCCAGUGCUGCAUAGGAAACUUGCUUAUUUUAAGACCAACAUAUGGUGCUUACCGAUAGAGCCAUAAUGGCACAGUGGUUAGAAUGCAUUAGUGCAAGCUCCAGGAGUUCAAUUCUAAAUGGCUCAAGUUUAACUCAGCCUUCCAUCCUUCCAAGGUCGGUAAAAUGAGGACCCAGAUUGUUGGGAACAGUAUGCUGACUCUGUAAACCAGGGGUCUCCAACCUUGU